CGGAAGUGCGGCGGGCGGAAGUGGCGGGGGCCGGGCGACCUGAGGCUGAGGGAUAUUCAUCAGAAGAAACAAAACACCAACCAUAAUAGUUCCUGAAGGAGAUUUUAUUCCUGUUCACAGCUGUUUUGAAGGGGGUACCCUCUGGCUCAGAAUUAAAAUGCUCUGGUUUCAAGGAAAUAGCCUGCAGAUUGCCAAAUCCUCCUUUGGACCCUUACGAAAUCUCUCUGCCUCUAACACAGCUCUGCCUGUGCUGACCUUAUUCUCAAAGGAUCCAUGCCCGCUCUGUGACGAAGCCAGAGAAGUGCUCGAGCCUUAUAAAGACAGGUUUAUUUUGCAGGAGGUGGACAUCACACUUCCAGAAAAUUCUACUUGGUAUGAAAGGUAUAGAUUUGACAUCCCUGUCUUCCAUCUGAAUGGCCAGUUUCUGAUGAUGCAUCGGCAAUCUUUGGUCGGAAGAAUCCUGUUGCUUUCCUGAGACUCCCGGUUUGAACCUGGCAUGCCAGCCCUCAAAGGUGACUGCUCAUAUAAAUUCUUCUCAUCUGAGACUGCCUGUCAUUAGCUCCGCUGGCAACUGUCAUUGAAAAUGACUUGUAAUCAUUGUUCACUGACAGGCUCAGGGAAGCACAUCUCACUGAGUGGUGUCCUAAAUAGUGCAACCUGCUUGGUAAACCCCUGUAAGGUGUCUUUCUGGAACGCUGUUCUCAAAUUCUACUAACAGCAGGCAGUGCCCUUGCUACACCCUCCCAAGCCCACAAGGGAUGCCUUGACAGAUCCCCAGGGGGCAUCCCAGCAUUCACAGAAAGAAACUGCUUCUAUUGUUGCUUGGGAGCUGGCUGCCUCUCCUCCUAAUGCAAAACACAGGCAAGGCCUGACUGAUUAAGAGAAACAGCAGCCCUGGUCUCCCCUAUCGUAAGGGAAAGUUGAAAUGUCAUACAUUCAGCCUAUGCUCUUCAGAGUCUGCACCCUUAUUAGAAACAAAACAAAGUGAUACUCAUGAACACCUGUUGAUGAGGACUGAGCCAAGGAGCAGUGUGGGUGGUGGAUGGGAGGUGUUGUCCAGGCAGUAAAUCCAAGUUGCUCACACCAAAGGCAGUGUUUCUAGGGAAGCCAGCUGAGUAAGUGGUAAAUACUUAGUCACUUAGGACAGGUCAUAAAUGACCAGUUUAUCAACAAGGGAAGGUCUGUUUUCAAAGUGCUCACAGAAUGGUAGGAUGCUAUUUUCCUCUUCAGACCAGCCUUGAUGCACAAUGCAAAGGUUUCUGUAAUCAGAUCUUUGUUUGGCAAGGUGUUAAACGGCUACAGUUUGGUUGCUGGGUGUCAUUUGAACAAUCAUUUUUUAAAACUGUGAUUCUAAAUAACAAAUCAAACUGGAUCCAAUCCCCUAUGAAGUCUGAGACGGCAAGGUAUACACCUGUGCUUUUUCAUCUGCCGCCUAGGGUCAGUGGACUUAAUAACUCUAUUUCUUAACUGUCUUGUCAUAUCUGUCUCCUUUCUUCAGUCCAUCUCUCACUCACACAUUUCAAUAACCUUUCUCAGUGCUCUCUCACCCCAGUCAACUAGUCGACUACCCAUCUGCAAUAAUCCUUUCAAAACCAUAAGUACUGCUGAUAAACUUACGGCUCCUCUGCCAGAAAGAAAGAAAGAAAGAA